AAGCUGUGGAAGAAUGGCUUCAAAACCAGGUGAUUCUGAUGCUGGCUCCAUGACCCCAUCAGAACCGAGCGAUGGGGAUGAUCGCAGUGACCGGGACUCAGAUUAUGAGAGCGAUGAGGAAGAUGAGCACAGUGAGAAACUGAACAUACAAUGGACUGGAUAUGCCAGGAGAACACCUGUAAUUCUGUUCUGUCCAGAUGCCAUGCUGGCUAAGAAGAGCCCCAAAAAGACUGUUGGAGAGAGAUAUCACAUGACCUACAAAUUUGGAAGCUCUGAAUGCAAGAUUGUCCGGAAUAUCUUCAACUUCCAUGGAUUCCAUGAGGUACAUCCCAACAGUUCAGAUUAUAAUAUCAUUUGGACAGGAGGUCAUCUUAAACCGUUCACUUUACGCAGUUUGACAGAGUUCCAGAAAGUCAAUCAUUUUCCUCGUUCCUACGAAAUCACGAGAAAAGACAGGCUCUUUAAAAACAUCCAGAGAAUGCAACAAAUUAAGGGGUUUAAGCACUUUGAUAUCAUUCCCCAGAGCUUCAUAUUACCCAGUGAAUAUCAAGACUUUUGUGCUUCUUUUUUGAGGGAAAAGGGUCUUUGGAUUGUUAAGCCUGUAGCCUCCUCUCGUGGGAGGGGUGUGUUUCUGUGUAAUCAUCCUGAUCAGGUGCCAUUGGAUGAAAACUUGAUUGUGUCUAAAUACAUAUCCAAUCCUUUAUUGAUAGAUAGUUUCAAGUUUGACAUCCGAUUGUAUGUUUGUGUGACAUCCUAUGACCCUCUCUGUAUCUACCUGUUUGAGGAGGGACUUACCAGGUUUGCCACGGUGAAAUAUGAGAAGAGCAAUCGACACAUCAGGAAUCAGUGUAUGCAUCUGACAAACUACAGCGUCAACAAGAAAAGUGAUGACUACGUCAAGAAUGAUGACCCUGAUGUAGAGGAUUAUGGGAAUAAAUGGUCACUAGGUGCAUUCUUACGCUACCUCAGGUCAAGGGGCAAGGAUACAGCAGCCCUAAUGAUGAGGAUAGAAGAUGUCAUCAUUAAGACAAUAGUCUCUGUGGAGGUGCCCGUAGCCACUGCCUGUAAAAUGUUUAUGCCUUUCAGAGGAAACUGUUUUGAAUUGUAUGGGUUUGAUAUUUUAGUCGAUGAUAACCUAAAACCUUGGGUGCUAGAGGUCAAUUUAUCCCCCUCCCUUGCAUGUGAUUCCCCUUUAGAUAUGAAGAUUAAAACAAAUAUGAUGUGUGAUGUGUUCAGUCUCACAGGAGUUGUCUGUCAUGAUCCGAUGAUGAGAACUCUCCAGCAAAGUCGACGUAAUCAAGAAGUCACUGCCAAAAUAGCCGCACGUGCCAAGAAAGAGCGGACAAUUCAAGAAAAGAUCUCGUCUGCUCGAUAUAGACCUUCAUCUGCAUCAUCAUUGAAACAGAGACCCCAGUCUGCAGGUAGUUCGUCUGGAAGUCGACCCGGAAACCCCCAGCCCCGGGGCAUGGCUGGUCUGAAUAGUGAGGAAAUCAAGAUCCUCCGACGAAUAAAAGAGGAAGACCAAAGGAAGGGGGGCUGGGUUAGGAUAUUCCCCACUGCUGAUUCCUGGGACUUGUACUCAUCGUUUCUUCAGUUCUCAACUACUCACAACUUAAUGGUUCACAGUCGUCUCUAUCCAGAAAGACAUAAAGGAGGAACACAAGCUAAAAGUGCUGCAUCUACAUCUGUAGGUCAAAGGGCAAAGAGUGCAUAUGCUUCCAUUGGAGGAAAUUCAAAGUCCGAUCCAGAGUUUGCUGAAUGUUAUGCCCAGGCCAUAAACAGAACCCGACAGUAUGAGAGGAAGUUAGGAACAGCGAGAAAGGGAAGAAGAAAAAACAAACGCAAGCCGAAAGUGAGGCCUAAAUUAGUUCAAGGUGUAGUUGAGGACAAUGAGGAAGAUGAGGAGAAGGCUGAUGAAUCUGAGGAGGAGAAUGAGGAGGAGAAAGAGGAAACAAAGCAGGAGGACUCAAGGAGCUCCUCCCCAGUGGAGGAGGAGAAAAAUAAAGUGGAGGUAGAGGUGGAUGUUGUAACAGAUGGGGACGAGGUCCCCCAAGAAAAACCAACUGCACAAAGCGAUAUAAAGCCAGCACAGGAUAAACCUCCAAAACCCCAGAGAGUGCAGGUCAAACUACCCCUCCAAAAACCUCAGGAAAAUCCCCCUGAGGAGAAACCAGAAGUUCCCCCCAAACCCCCUCCCCCUCCUCCUGAACCCAAGUAUAAUGUGGUAGAACUCUUGCAGAAGGGCAGAACACUCAGUAAAUGCCAGGCCAGAGGUGCUUUUGCGAUGUAUUUAGUGCGGGUUCAGCAACGCUUGUUAUCAGAAGUGGGCCCUUCUAAUCAGGAUGACUCAGAUGCUCUCAAUGAACAAAUGGAUUUGGUCCUGAGGUUCUUGAAGCGCGCAGCUGUCAAUCUUCAACAGCCAUUUAAGGUGGUGGUACCGAGCAGAAAACUUCCCCUGACUGACCGAAGGAGGAUACUAGCCAAACAACUUGGGGAUUUUGUCCAUAUCUACAAUAAAGAGACGGAGCAGGUGAAUUUAAAGCGUCAGCAGGAGAAACAGCAGGGUAAGAUAGCAGAGCUCCACCCCACCACUGCAGAGGCCGAGUCACAGGGAUUAUGUGAACACAAGUUUGACAGAUUUGUCAAUAUUGCCAGUGAGGGAGAGUUGGAGGAGGUAUUAACAACCUAUACCAAGAUCAACAAGUCAGCAAGUAUAUUCCUAGGAGGGCACCCAAAGAAUAAUACCACUGACGGUCAAUCCCGCCCAACAUCAACAUUCCAACACUCCAGACCUCCCUCAGGCGGUCCCACACGUCCCUCCAAUGCUACCCCCAGUCGACCCCCCAUCUCUAGACAGAGUUCCAUACUACAGAACAGGCCAGGUUCUAGUAGCCUAGGAAGGUCCUCAAACAUGUCUGGCUCAGAUACAAAUGUAGGCAAGAAAAAGGAGAUUGAGGGUACGGUAGAGGCUACGCCUAAAACUCUAAAUGGUUGGGAGGAUACACCAAAGUUUGCUAGUGACAGCAAUGUAACAACCACCGCCACCACUAGAUCCACCUCUCAGAAUGGCGAGCCACCACACUCACGUGUUUACCACACACCUUCUCAAUCUUCAUAUGCUAACGCUGUACAGGUAUACACACAGAAACUAACCUCCAACCGACCUCGAUCAGCCACCUCAGCUGGAAACAGGACAGGUGUCAUAGCUAAGUCUUUCAGUCGGCCGAUGUCAGCUAUGAAUCGUCCCUCGUCAGCUAAUCCUUACGCCACUACUAAUCCAACAGUUGAUUCUUACAAUGACCAGGCCAUACAUGAUGCUCUACAGAGGUUGGCUCUCCGCCAACAAGCUCGUCAGUAUUCUGCCUAUAAUGGAACAAGCAUGAUAAAUGAUGAGUCACGAAGUUCCUCCUCCCAGAGGAUUGGACAGGGUGACAUGCCGCAGUAUGGCAGUAACUCUUCCUUAGUGGAUACUACUUACACGGUCAGCAAACCCAAUAGUUUUGACAAAAUGGUUCCUUCAUCUACUGGAUAUACCAGUGCUGCUGGGGACAGGAUGCAGACAAACACAACAGUGUAUCCAGAACAAACAAGAAGUGAUAACUAUUCCAGACCCCAAGACAGUGUCAAAUAUAAUUCAUCUAAUGGGAUCACAGAGGACAUCAGAAAUAGGCCACCCUCAGGUCAAGGUCAUAGAAGGGUGGAGGUCAAAUCAGCUUCAGGAUCAAGAAAACCUGUUCAAUCAAAUGUGAAUCUACGGAGUGCCAAUGCAACUUUUAACAGUUUUAUAGAAGACUCAAAUGGAACAACCUGGCAAAAUGACCUUGCUCAUGCAUAUAACCAGGUCACGGGAGUGUUGCCUAGCAACUAUCAUACAGCAUCUCAUUCUAGUAAACAGUUUCAGAUAAUGCAGCAGCAGGCUGCUCUAAAACAGCAAAGUAAAGCCAUGAUGGAGCAGAGUAAAGCUAAACACCAGGCCAUGAUAGCUCAGGCCCACGCCGUACAGAAACAGAAACAGGAUCAGGAUAUAGAGAGUGCUAUACAGAUGUACGCCCCCAAACCCCCAGUACAACCCCCACACUCACGCAAACUCCCCAGUUCUCAUAGGGUCCAAAGGUCUGCGGUCCCUGAUGAAUCUUUAAAUUUCAAUUUCUACAACAGCUUGCAGUUUGAUCAACACACAGGGCGCACUCGAUCAGGGUACUGACACUUCAACCUCUGGAACAGAUGCUGGACUUGUAUUUUCCUAAAAUUAAUGUUAAAUAAUUCAAAUAGAGAUGUAAGCAAAUCAUGAAGACUAAGUUCUGAGUCUGCAAUAUGUUUAUUUCAUCCAGAAGUUUAUACAGUAUCUCCAUUGUAAGAGGAUUUUAUGUUCUGUGUAAAAUUUUAAUGAUAUUUGAAAAUUUUGGAUUUGUGACUAUACAAAGUAUAUCUACAGGCUUUACAGAUAUAACUUGUGUGAGUGGUGAUUGAAGAUUCAAUAUUUUAUAGUUGAAAACACUACUAAAUAAACAGCCGUCCGUUUUUUAAAUUCUUUUUUUACUAGUAUCAAUUUUAUUUAUUGGGUGAGAUAGAAAUAUGGUUUUAAAAGACCAUGUACAUGUCUGAGCAAGUUUAAUUUUAUAUUGAAAUCCGUCCUUGCAAAAUCCAAAAGCUAUUGUUUUCUGUUCACUUGUUUUGUUUUGUAUGUUUAAGUCUAUACUUGUACUAGGCUUUAUGUCACUGCUGUUACAGAAAUAGCAAUGUGGCAUUCUCAGGUUGAACCAAGGAAGUUUUAGAAUUUGAAUCAUGCCAGGAAACAUUGUCAGCUCUCUCAUGAAGAGUUUUAUCAAGUUUGAGUGAGGGAGGUACAGAACAGAUUUAUCAUACAUUUUAAACUGAAGUUUUAGAAUCAAUUUAUUAUUGAUGUGUGUGAAAGUAUAAUAUUUUGUUUGUUGUAUGUUUUACUGUCCAGAAUGUUCAAUGUUAUAAAACAACUGUGAUAUAUAUUUUGUUUUCCUGUAAAAGGUUGUGAAUUAUAUUGUUUAGUUUUAAUUUACCUAUCUUGGAACAUUCUGUCAGGAAGUACUAAAAUAAAACAAGUACAUUGCUGUAAAAACAGAUUUUAUUUUAACCUUUCUGCUCCCUGUGUUAAUGUCUUUAUUAAGUAAAUAAUUUGCUCUAUUUUUGAAUUAAUAUAAUGCCUACACUUUUUUUUUAAUUAAAAUAUUUUUGUUAAAAAAAUCAUUUUCCUUACAGCAUUAUUUUCUUUUGUGGUCUUAAAGUUUGCCUUAAAAUGGAAAUGUGACUUUUCUUGAAGUAUCAUAGCAUUUUAUGUACAUCAAGUAGACCAACUGAAUUGUGAAAGCAGCAUUAGGUACAGCUUCUAACUUCGAUUUGAAACAUUCACUAGCUUUUACACUUCAUCAAUAUGCUUCUGAAAGUGCAUAAAAGGCUUAAGUCUGUAACAGAUGUCAAAUAUAUUGUUAAAGCAUGACAUAGAUCUAAAUUUUACAGCUUUAUUAUGCCUCACUAGGUUAAUUUUGUAUUUUUAUCUUGUAUCAUUUUAUUCACAGAGUACAAGUUGUACAAACAAUAGCUUCUUGCAGGAAAAAUUACUAUUAGCUAUUAUGUCAUAUGGUAGGACAUGCUAUUUUCACAAGGUGUUAGGAUUGGAAUUGAAAUCUUCUAAUUAUUGAAAUGUAGAAAUUAAUUAAAACAUUUGCUUUGUACUUUUGUUAAUUAAAAUGCCAGUAUUUUAUACAUGAAAGUAAAAUAAAUUUGUAUUGAAAUAGCAGGUUUCUCAUGUUAAUGGCCUAGCUAGUCUGAUUUAUGGCUUUAAGGUGUCACCAGAUCAAUUGCAUUAAGUGACUUGAUUCUAUUGGUGCUGAGGAAAAAAACUUAUUUCCUUCUCAAAUGCUUCUUUAUUGACAGGCUAUAGUAGACAAUUCUAAUCACAUUCAAUGCUGCAAUUAAAACAAAUCUGUUGGAAAUACAAGUUUUACCCACAUUCCAUAUAUAGACAUGUUAUAAUAAAUAAAUUAAAUCUUCA